AUCAAUUAAGGUUAGGUUUAGAUAAUAUUUUUGUAAGGUGAUGUUUUUUCAAUUUGAUGAGAACUAAAUAAUUGUAUAUUUCGUUUAUAUUUGUAAUUUAAAAUGGAUAAUACUAAAAAAAAUUGGACGGAUCAAGAAAGACAAGAAUUGGCGGCCAAAUUAGAUAAAGAGUUGGAUGAUUUCAUUGAUAAAUUGCCAAAAAAAAAGUAUGAAGAUGGAUGGCCAGAGGAUCGUUGGGAAGAAGAAAUGGAUAAACAUCCAUUUUUCAUGAAAGAACCACCAAAACCAGGGGAUGAGGUUCAUCCUCUGUUUGAAGGACUCCAAAAAUUGAAAUACGAUCCAGAAGAAAACGAACCAGAAGAUUUGGCAGUUAAUUAUAAAGAAGAUGGAAAUUAUAACUUUAAGUACAAAAACUACAGAUUAGCAAUAAUAUCUUACACAGAAGGAAUUAAAGUAAAAUGUGAAAAUCCAGAAAUAAAUGCUACUUUACUUAAUAAUAGGGCUGCAGCACAUUUCUUCCUAAAAAAUUAUAGAUCUUCACUUCAAGACUGCCAAUUGGCUUUAAAAAUAAAACCAGAUUAUGAAAAAGCUCUAGUCAGAGCUGCUAACUGUUGUUUUGAGAUGAAACAAUAUCAAAACGCAAUUGAAUUUUGUGAUGUUAUUUUGAAUAAACAAAAGGACAAUGAAGUGAUAUUAGAAUUAAGGCAAAAGUGUGUAAAUGAAGAGAAAUUGAAGAAACGAAAUGAAAGGAAAAGAGAUAUUGAGAUCAAGAAGAAAGAAAAAGAAGAGGAGGAACUUAUUAAAGAGAUUAUUAAGAGAGGAUAUAAAAUAGAAGGGGGGUUAAAAGGUAAACUUUCCUUAGAUAAGUUGGAACCUCAUUUUCCUCAAUUGGUCCACAACAGAGUAUUCUUGGAUGAAAAUAAUAACUUAAUAUGGCCUGUUGUUUUUGUCUAUCCAGAAUAUAAAAUUAUGGACUACAUACAAGAAUUCAAUGAGAAAAAAACAUUUUCGGAAUUGUUUGAGCUGGUAUUUAAAUCACCUCCGGAAUGGGAUACAGAUAAGAAAUAUAAACCAAAAGAAUUAGCUAUAUACUUUGAAACUUUACAAAAAAAAGUUAAAUAUGUCAGAAAUGAAACGAUUUUGGGAAAUGUGUUGGCAUCUAAAGACUAUGUCAUUAAAGGAGGAACUCCAUCAUUUAUUAUAAUGGUUAAGGGAAGUCCAGCAGAAAAACGUUUCCUGGAAGAAUAUUAGUUAUUUUAUAUAAUCUCCUUUUCUAUUUGUCUUCACUUUAAA